AAAGCGCUUGGCUAUUUCGACCUGGCGUUUUCAGCGUUGUGGAAGCAGAGGAGGGCAGGAACUGUGAAGCUGGAAGGCCAUGGGAAGUCCAAGGCCUGCUGGAUUUGUAGGUGAUCAAAUCCAUGCUACAGAGGGUCCGGAAGAUGAAGAGGGUGAAAAAACACCAGACAAAGGCAGCCCACCUGAAGCGGAGAAGGCGACAGAGGAAGAUGGAAAAGAUGAAGAGACUGAUGCCGACAUGGUUGAGAAAUUGGAAGCUUGCCUGUUGCAGGCCUUGAAGACACGAAUCAAGGAUCGUGAUUUGCCACUAGCAGGAAACACUUUGUAUGCGCAGCAUAUGCGACCAUGCAGGAGAGCAGGAUGGAAUGUUGAUGUCAAGGUCGCGCCUUUCAAGAAGCUGUCUGCAUUUCUUUCACAUGCUGAGGAGCAAGGCUGGCUUGCCCUAAAGAAGAGUUCUGCGGAUCCAAUUGUGACAAGGAUAUUUCGAGAUCACCCGGACUUGAUCCAGUGGAAGCCAUGGCCAAAGGAGGUGACUGCCGAGGCCGAGGAGCCCAAAGGCACGCAAGAGCCUUCUUCGUUGGCGUCUGCUUCGAUAAAGAUUGAAGUGGUUUGGCGAAUUGGAAAGCUGAAGCCCUUGCUGGAGGCACUGAAGCUUGAAGGGCCAGCAGAUGGAUGCUGGACAAAGGAGGACUGCACGGAGGCUCUCAAGUCUUAUGCCGACAGCAACACGCUCUGGUUGAAGAACAAUCGCAAGCGAAUUGGCCCGGAUUCAUUGCUGUGCAGCCUGCUUGAUUCCGAGCCACAGGCUUCGUCCAGCGGAUCUGGAUUCUCCUUAGAAGGUCUUGUUGACCAUGUGGUCAGGAGUUUGCCGUUGUGCCACAGAGUGACUGCUCCGUACUUGAGCUUGGCAUCAAAUGAGCAAGGUGGUGCUGCCGGGGGCGUCAAGUGCUAUGUUCGUCCUGGGAAACCUCCAGUUGUGCAGGUCCGCACAGAUACAAGACGAGGUCAUCAUGUCACCUUGAUCCACGGACUGGAGGCA